AUGGGCAAUUUACACGAUUUAGAGGACAAGAAGCUCAAUUCUGGCGUUGAACAAGAAACACAGCGUUCCAGUGGAAGCCAUCAGUCUUUCGACAAAUGGACCAGCAACGACUUUAUAGAUGCCAUUAGAAAACUGUUUGAUGACAACGGUGUUGAAUCUAAAAAAUACGAGAAUGUUUUGCUGAUAAAGAGAGCAUUUAGCAAUCAUGCCGCUUCUAAAGAAUUUCUGGUAGCUCAAGUCCAUAAAAAUAUACCAAUUACUUUCGAAGUAUUCAAUUCGUGUGGACCAGAAACCAUUGACACUUUAUUGGGCUGUUUUGAAGGCCAAGAAGCUUCCAAAGAGCUUCUUACUGAAAUACAAAAGGCCUUGGACUCUGAUGAUGCCAGCUCAUCUUCGAUGACGGGCACCAUUGGGCAUGCAACUCACAGCCAUAAACACGACAAGUACACUUCUCUCGCCAGCUUCUUGCUUAUAGCCGCUUCAAAGCUGCUGGAAAAAUACGAAUUUGAUUUCGAGGAGUUCAAGCCCUUGGUGAAAAGUACUGUUUUAAGGUGCCACGGCGACUUUGAGCAUCUUACGGUUUUGAUUUCACUGUGCGAGAAACACGAGGAGCAACUGCAGCGCGAGUUAUUGGCUGUUUUCAAUACGUUAUUCCAGGAGGCGCAAUCAGAUUUCUCCAUCCUUGAAAGCUACCUUUUGAUGGUGAUAUCAGUACUGCAGAUGCUUUAUUUGCAAAUGACAAGCUUCUGUACCGAAGUUUUCUUGAGCGAGCAGUUUCAAACUGUUGCCCAACAAAACUUCUUCACUAGUGGCGCUGUAACCCAUUCGAUACUAGACUUGAUGUCUACCGCUUGUAUUGAUAAUUUGAGUAGGACUUUUAUCGCAGAGACGUACUUUGAUCUGCUAUAUCAGUGCCGCAGUAUUGAAAACUUCAAGUCUGCGGCUACUCUGGUUAUUUUAAAGACGUGGAACUUCAAGAAAUUAAAGCCCGAAAUGAUCGAUGAAAUGGCCAUUGAUCUUGAAAAGCAGUUUGACGGCUCUAACACUCUGGAGGCAGCAGAUCGAAUCAAGCGUGACGAGCUUGCUGUUGAAGGUUUGGCUUACCUUACUUUGAAACCAUCAGUCAAGAAAUUGCUGAUAUCAAACUCAACUCUGCGCACUCACCUCAUAAGUUAUCUUGGUACUAAGGAGACCCCCAGUGCGAUGUACUAUGGUAUACUUAUCAUCUUUGGCAAUCUAUCAGAUCCACUUACUCCAAAUACACAAAAUGAAAGAACUAUGCAAAACCUUAGAGAAUACACAGAAGCGAAUCAUAAGUCUAAUAGCACGGAUACGAAUCCUUUAAAGGAAAGUAGUAUCCUGAAAUUCGUCUCCGAAUGCAUACUAAGUCAUAACAUAAUUGGAACUGUAAGGACGCACCUAAAGAGACAGAAGCUGCACGGCUCGGGUGCACGUUACCAAUUACUGAGGUUAAUUCACAAUGCUGCCAGAACGAAAGCACUUAUCACUAAAAGUGUCGAGCAGGGCAGUAUCACCAUUUUACUAGAGUCUUUAGCUCUUUCAGGUAUUCCUUCAGAAGUUAGAAUUCUCGCUUUGAGAGCUUUAGCAAGAAGCCUAAUGGCAGUAAACCCGCAGCUUGUUUUUCGAAAUUUCUCCGCGUUAAAUGCUUUGCCUCUUUUGUUCGAACUCCUUCCCGACACCACUCGGCCUGCUGAAGCUAAUUUGCUGGCCAAGGAUACCUACGAAGCUUUGCUAGCACUAACGAAUCUCGCCACACUAUCUGAAAGCGGAAAUUUGUGUCAGAAAAUCGUGUCGACCCCAGCUUAUUGGAAUAAAGUUGAAAACCUAAUGGUGGAUUCAGUGGUAGAAAACCAAAGAUCAACCCUAGAGCUAUUAUCGAAUCUAAUGGCUUCUUCUUUGCAUGUCGCUGUCAAGUUCUUCAACUUCGAGAAUCCUGUUAGCGUACGCAAUUUCAACAUUUUGGUUAAGCUGCUGAACUUAGACGAUCGAAACUCAAGACUGGCUGUUGCUGCGAUUCUCGCAAACAUUGCCAGCUCUGUUCCGUUCAUCGCCCAGGAACUAGCUGGACAAGAUGAAUUGAUUGAAACCGCUCUUAUAAUAUUACGUGACCAAAGUGAAGACGCCGAAAUGAGACAUCGUCUCAUUGUCUUCUUCGAUGCCGUGAUAAAUUCUGGAGUUCAGACCAAGGCUUUAUCAGGUCGAAAAUCGGAACUCAAAGGAGCAUUAUUGGAGGCCAAAAAGUACGAGAAAGCGAGUAACUCAGACUAUCUCACGUCUAUCAACGAUUCGCUGAGCAAGUUAAAGAUCUAA